GGUUGUUAUUACAAUGAGACGGGAACCGGACUAUCGAUAAAGUGUGUUUGUAUGUCGUUUUCGUCGAUAUUAAGUGUUGUGUUCACUUUCACCUGUGCGAAUGUCUCAAUCCUUACCUUUUUGUUUGUUAUUUCUUUUAAUUACUGCCGCAUGGGUCGGCGCUUACGUUUAAGUUAACCCUUUAUUUUGAAACGAUGGAACGUUGUUCUUAUGGUUUUUACACCAAAAGGUCAGAAAUACUAGAUAACAUACAAAAGAAGAAGGACCAAGAAAAAGACCAGCCUCAAAGCCCUAAUUUCCAACAACAAUUGGCAAAGCCAGUCGAUAAACAACAGAUACAUAAUUCAGACAUACAAAGUGCGAAUGUGUCAGUGACGCAGCAUGUCCCUACACAGCUACUUUCGCCGACACAUGGCUCGGGGUCUCCAGUCCAGUCAAAAGAUGAUGCCAAGGACAAGACUAUAAAAGUUGCUAACUCUACGACAAUAACAUUAAUUGAGAACAACGUCAACGGAGAAAAAGAUAAGGACAAUAAUUAUCCUAAAAAUUAUUUUACAUUAGAACCUAAAAAUGAAAAGAAAGAUGAUUGCAACAAAAACAGUAUCACAAUAACUAGGACAAUACCAAAGCAGUCACCAGGAGGUGGUCAAGUUGAUAAAUCUAAGAGUGCAUCGAAAGGCACUAAAAGGCCUCUUCAAUAUUUGGAAACUCUUGCUGAAAAAGCUGGAAUAACAUUUGAAGACAAAUACGAAGCUGCAAAUACAUUACUUGCUUUAGAUAAACAGAAUAAUACUUUUCGCAGACCUGAGCUUAAACAGCCAAAAUCAGAACCAGAUAAUCACUCACAAGGUGAAGAAUUUAGGUACAGAAACCAAAAAGAAGAGGAUGAUAAGUUGCAAAUACAUCAGCAAAUAAUACAGCAACAACAGCAGCAGCAACAGUUACAGCAUCUGCAACAGCAGCAACAACAACAACAACUACAACAGCUUCAACAGCAGCAAUUACAACAAUUGCAGCAGCAAGCAUUGCAACGCCAGCAUCAGGCUAUUCAACAACACUUAAAAAAUCAGCAGGACCAGCAAGAGAUUUUGCAGAAACAAUUUCAACAACAACAGCAGCAACAACAACAACAACAGCAGCAACAGCAACAGCAGCAGCAGCAACAACAACAACAGCAGCAACAGCAACAACCUCAACAGCAGCAAACACAACAAGGAUCACAGCAACAGCAAUCACAGCAGCCUAAACAAGAAAUCCAACAACUCUCUCAACAGCAAGAGUUACAGCAACAGAAAUUUUUACAGGUUGUAAACAACCAGCCAUUACAUACGCAGCAGUUUAACGUACCCGGUAUCGGUGAAAUCAAUCUUAGCUUCCUAGCGUCACCUCAAAACAACGUUAACCUUCUUUUCGACAAGAACCAGAAAACCGGCAUGAGCGGUGAGAUCAAGCAACAGCAAAUUGUUGACGGUCAAUCACAAGUGGUACAACAGCAGAUCAGUAUGUCGCAACACGAGCCGACUCAGCAGCAUCAUCAAACGGUCACCGUUGUUUCCUCUAUGCCGAGCAGUAUGGCGCAGCACCAAGUCCAGCAGCAAGCAACGAGCGGUAUACAGCAGCAAGCGACUAUGCCGCCUCUACAGAGCUUACCUUCCAACACGCAACAUCCGCAGCAAAUAAGUGCUGAGUGGGGCCACAGCCGGGUGCAAGUGAUUCAGCAACCCCUUCAGAACAGCACUUACCUACAGCAGUUGUAUAAUGCCCAGGGGCCCCUUCUGAUGCCUGGAAACAUUGCACUGCAUCCAGGAAUUAAUUCGCAGCAAAUACAGGUGAUCGCCGCCGGUAAGCCGUUCCAGGGUAGCCAACUCGCUCCCCACAUGUUGACCACGCAGGGGAAACAAGUUCUUCAAGGUCAAGCCGCACCUUUUCCCGGAUACACGACGAUACCAGCGAUUCCGACGACUCAGAAUCAGACGUUUGUAUUCAGUCCCCUGGGCGUUAUUAACUCUCAGCCGAGUAUAAUCCCCGCACACUCUCAGCCGACCGUCUCCGGUAUUGGACAACAACAGAAACCUUCGGAAAUGCAUAAGGUUAUGAGCGGUGGUAAGGUGACGGCGACCAAAGUAGGCGGCGGCGGCGCACAGACUGUGCCCGUUCAAGCUCAAUGCGUGCAAGUCUCCCAGCCGGUGCUCGGACAACAGCCGCAGGCGCAGAUCAUCAGUCCGUUACAGACUGGAAGUCAAACAAUGCAGUUCGCGCCAUGGCAGAUAUCGGGCGCGCUGCCUCAAGUCUGGGCUGGGGGUCUGCAAGCGGGUACCUUGCCAGCUGGGGGUCUCCUGGCCCCUAACCCCAUUUUCAUCAGGGGCACCCAACCGGACUCGCAACCCUCAAUGUUCAUACAGCACUCCCCACAGAACAAUUUACAACAUACCAAUGCGAGCGUCGCGUGCGCUACCGGUAGCGCGACCAAGCCUCGUGCGUCGUCGGAUGGGCUUGCGAAGAAUCCUCGACCGCUCUCCAACAUCCUGCCGUCCGGUAGCAUUCGUCCUGCCUCGUCCGUCUCCACACAGACAAGCGCGAACCAGGCUCAAAACCAGGCGAAACAGCGAGGUAAGCCGGGUGUGCGGUCACCGGCGCCGACGUCGAAGCAAGAUGCUGCCAAUCAAACCAAUAAGAUGCAGCAUCAGAUGCAACAACCUAAACAACAAUUGCUCGUGAUGAACUCGAGCGGUCAAAUGACACAGAUAACGACGGACAAGCAGCCGCUCGCCAAAAGCAUCCAGCAGCAGGCGAUCCUGCAGCAGCAAGCUAUGCAGCAGCAGCAGCAACAACAACAACAGCAUCAGCAGCAACAGUUACUUCAUCAACAGCAUCAAACCCAGCAAAUGGUUCAACAUUACCAGCAACAAGGUAUGACGCUGGGUAUGCAGCAGGGCACUCUACCUGUUGGUUCUGUGUCACAAGCAUUGCCUAUGACGGGGAUGCCACAGACCAUAUCUAUGGUACAACAAAUACAUCCUUUAAGUAGCAUGGCUCAAGCGGGUACACUUGUGGGACAAAUAAAUACGAACCAAAAUCAACAAACCGCCUCACUCGCCCAAGUACAGACAUUACAACAACAGCAACAGACUUUAGUCGGGAACGGAUUGGUACAAACUUCCGUGGGUAUGGCCGUGCAGCAGCCCGUACUAAACCAUGCGACACAGAUGCAAGCAGGUACCAUGGGACUUAUUACCACACCGGUCCAAGGGUCAGUUUUACCGAUGCAACCUCAGGCCACGCUUGUCACACACGUCAAGAACGAGGAUGAGAAGAAUCAACAGAUGACACAGACGGCAGUAGUGCAGCAACUCUCACAACCAGACCAGAACCAGACUGUCGAGGGAUCACUAACAGAAUCAGCCACGGCCGCCGCACCGAGCACGUCCGCGACCAAUAUAACAGCGGAUGCCGCCGUCUCCACUACCACGUCUACCGGACCAAACACACCAACGGAGAUGUCAAAGUCGAGUCCUGUGAAGGGGACGGAGGGCGUUUCGAUGAUGGUCCACGAGUCCACGUCGAUGUCCACAGCGAGCACCCCCUCGUCGGUCUCCGCCCCCGUGCCCAGCAGUGCGCAACACACUACAUCUAUCGCACCGCAGGUCGUGACGACCACAGCAUGCUCGAGCUCCUCUGCAAGUAUGACGUCAGCGAACAGCUCACCUGGAUCAUCGCCAGCACUAUUCAAGACUUCGCAAUCUUCAAGCAGGCAUAUGAACCAGCAAGCUGUUCACGAUAAAGGUCUACCGAAGGCUAUGGUAAAACCAAAUAUCUUGACCCAUGUUAUUGAAGGCUAUGUCAUUCAAGAAGCUGGUGAACCAUUUGCUGUCAACAGACCUCUUCGGGAAUGGUCUUCCGACAAAGAACAAGACAAGGAGAACAAGCUGCCUUCAACGGAUGAGCCACCGCGUAAGAAACAAAUGUUAGAUAACGGAACGAGCCUUCCACGCAUAAGUUCGAGCAUUGAAUCGAACGAGCCGACUCAGCACGCCAGCUCGAAGUCCGAGGUGCCAAUGAACGAGACAUCGGACUCGACGGCUGACGACGCUCAGGCGAAGAUUCCCAAUGCUAAUAAAUGGACUGUGGCUGAAGUGUGCGACUUCAUACGCAACAUCCCCGGCUGCGCAGGAUACGCAGACGAAUUCCUCAUGCAAGAAGUGGAUGGUGAGGCGCUGCUGCUGAUCAAACCCGAACACCUGGUCAUGGCGCUGUCUAUGAAGCUUGGACCUGCACUCAAAAUAGUCGCCUGCAUCGACUCCCUUCGUCCAGAGAGUGAGCAAUCUAAUAACGACCACGACUGAGAUUUUUUUUAAGGUUUAUUAUUAUAAAUAAACCCCAGAUACGACACAGGAGUGUUCAUUAAAACUAUUCAUACUUUGUAAGGAUUUUGAUAAUGUUUACGAUGUAUACUUUAGACGGUAAUUGUAAAUAGGUUGGCCUAAGAAGAUAUAAUUUUCAUUAGUACGUCUUUUGUAAAUAUAUUAGAAUAUGUUAGAUAUUGAACGAUAGAGUUGACGGGUGCGCCAACAUCCGCUGGUGUAAAUGUAAGUGUCGCGUUAGGAACUUCGAAGGGUAUCAGUUACGAACGAAAAUUACACGAUUAUUAAAGAUGCGGUAAUGAUCUUGUAAUCUACUUAACAUGUUUGUUUAUAAUACUAAAUAUACUUCUGUUGAAAAUGCUCUUAUUACUUUUGUUGAAUAUACGAAGCAUGUGAAACUACUCCAUGACGGACUAUCUUGGUGUUUCGUUGGGUGGUCUAUAGAAUAGCAGCAUAACUUAAAGUCGAUGGGAGAAGAUAGUAUAAAUAUUGUUUUAAGUUAUGAUGACUUACUAUAAGUUGAUGGAUAUCCGUACUACGCAUAAACAAAAGUCGACAUUGUAAUAUACCAAUAUUGUUGCCGAUAAAUUAUCACGUUUAAAAAAUGGACGCCAAAAGUCGGAAAUGUUGUGUAUAUCAUUGAUUUCCAAACACGUUUUGUUUUCUCCUUCCCUUUCAAAGCAUGCAAAGGCUUUUACCUAAACUUUUGUUUAUACGGACGUAAUGAUGUUUCGAAUCGCACGAAGCGAUCGAGAAACAAGGACUAUGUCGAAAGUUCCGCCUAUUUAGUGCUAAGAAAUUUGCGUAAUCACGUGAAAUACAUUUUUUUAAAUGUUUCGGAGAUAUCUAAAGUGGUAACGAACUCCUUUCAAAAGAUUGGCUGAACAUUUUGAGGAGGAAAAAAUAUUUUUCUUUUUUAUGGAAAUUUAUGAAGAACUUUGCACAAAGGAAAACUUCGUUUGUUACCUCUUUAGUGAAGAAUCUCUAGUAUAUUCAUUAAUUUAACUUAUAUUACAUUUACGCAAGUAUCCGUGCAUGUCCCUAGACAUAAUUUAUGUAACUUUAUUAUUUGUGUCAUAGUCUUAACGAUAUAUACAAGGUGUAACAAUACUCGGAGUGAGUUACAGGAUUUACCCAAGUGCGUAUUCUAGUAAAUCAUAUAACUAUCACAAUUACAUCGAUAAAAACUUCGGAACGAGAUGUUAGAACGGAACAUAAAAAUUAAAAAGUAUAAUUAUGUAUGUGUGAUUUAUAAACUAAGUAAAACCUAAUUUAGACAUUUCUUUUAUGAGAUGAUCUGACGGAGUAAUUUGUUAAACCUUGUAUAAAGUCAAGAUACGAAUAUUUAAAUAUCGGCGUCAAUUCAGAAAUCGUGAUAAACUCUACAUGAAUCCAUAAAAGUUAUUAUAAUACUUCGUGUACAAAUUAAAUUUUUUAUAGCGGUACUGAAAAUAAUAACUAAAUC